GUGAUUCAAACAAAAACGAAAUGACUCAUUAUUGAUUGGUCAUCAUCGAUAAAUCGUUUUUUCUUGUUGUAAAUUUCAAGUAAUAUUCGAUUCAACGAAAAAAAAAAUUAUGGCUCUAUUCAACAUACCCUGGUUAACGGAAUCGAUAAAAAAAUGUACAAUCAAAUAUCUAAUUGAACGUUAUCUUGGCCAUUUUUUAUGUGAAGAAUUAGAUCUUUCACAAUUGGAUAUAGAACUAUUCAAUGGUACAGCAUCAAUUGAAAGCAUUCCAUUAAAUGUUCAUACAAUCAAUACAGAAGUAUCGCCAUUUUUUCCAUUAAAAUUUUUAGAAGGUUUUGUUGAAAAAAUUGAAUUCACUGUACCAUGGAGUGCAUUAUGGACAGAUUCAUGUUCCAUACAGUUGGAUGGAAUUCGUUUGAAUUUUUGUAAAUUACAAAAUUUUAAUGAACAACAACAACAACAACAACAACAACAAAUGGAUAGAAAUCAAACAUCGAUAUUAUCGAAAUCAAUGAUGGCAUCAAGCAUGGAAAUGGCUGAAGAAAUUCUACAACAAGAAUCAGAAAAAUAUGAAGGUCUAGAGAAAUUUGCACAGCUUAUUAAUUCAAUAAUACGUCGUGUAAAAUUAUCGGCUAAAAAUACUGUAAUAAAAUUUCAAUUUCCACAAAAUUCUUCGCCAACCAAUGUUGAUGAAAUUGAAUUUCGUAUUGGCCAUAUAAAUUGUGAAGAAGAAGAAAUUACAUUGGAUAAUAAUAAUGGCAGUGGUAAAGAUAAUGGACAAAUAAUCGGUAAUAAAGAAUUGGAUAGUGGUAAAAAUAGUCCUAAUGGUGGUAAUCUAAUAUUAUCAGAUGUGGUUACCAAAUGUAUUACAAUGGAAGGAAUUGAAUUAUUUAUCAAUAAUAUUCUCAUAACAAAAUUAUAUGGAAAACAUACAUUUAAAAUACGUUUUAAUAAUGAUAAUCAUAUCGAUAUGGAUGCCUAUUUUGGUUCAUAUAUUUUUGCCAUUUUAAAUUCCAAUCAUUUACGAAUAUUGCAGCAAUUUUUUCAAAUAAUCGACAAUAAUAAUAAUUCUGGUUCAGGUUCAACGACAACAGAACAACAAUCAAAAUCUUUAAUCAAUCAACCAAAAGAACGUUUAAUGACCGCACAAGAUUAUCGUCGUAUACAAGAAUUAUGGCAUAAUGAAAAUAUUCUACCUAUGAAUAAGCAACGAAUUAAAACACCAGAAAUGAUGAUGAUGAUGGAUCGAUCAAUGAUUUCAUUUACCAAUAAUAAUGGUGGACAUACUUGGUCCACAACACAUCGUGAUCAAGAUAGUGGUGGUGGUGGUGGUGAUGGAAAAAAAGAUAAAAAACAUUCAACAACAAAUCCAGUGGAUCCAAAUAAUACAUUGGUCACAUGUAAUAUAAAAAUUCCUGGCAUAAUGCUCUGUUUGAUUAGUGCAAAUGUAAAUGACGAAAACAAUGGCAAUGGCGAUGAUGAUAAUAUACCACAAUUCAAUGAAAUGCCAAUGAUCGAUAAUUUACAAACAUUUAUUGGUAUAAAUUCAUUUUUAAAUGAUAUGUUACAAGAUUAUAAUCACAUAAGAUUAUUGGCAUCAAAUCUUUGUGUAGAAAUACGUGGUGAUAAUCAUCUACAAUUUAGUUGUAUAAAUAUUAGUUCAUAUGAAUAUCAUAAUGGUAUAUUGAAUAAUCUGUUUUGGGUACAUGAUAAUAAUAAUCAUCAACAUAAUGAAUACGCAAUACAGCCAUCAAUCAAGCUGAAAAAGAAUAAGAAUAUUAUCGAUAUAAUGUUGGCACCGACAUCUAUUCGUUUGGAUCCAACAAUUAUUGAACGACAUCCAAAAUUGUUGGAAUUAUUUAUCCCGUUACCGACAUCUUUGGAUAUAAAUCAAAAGCCACCAUCGAUGCCUUCAAAAUUAAAAUCAACCACAGCAGCAUCAGCAGCAGAUGAUGCCUUAAUAUUGAAUAUUGAAUGUGAACAAAUUGAAUUGGAACUUUUUUUUCCAAUACCAGAUUUACGUACAGAACGUAAUGAUUAUAGCACAUUACAUGAUGAAGUGUUAUUGAUUACAAUGAAAAAUCUAUCAACACGUAUUGAACCGGAUACAGGUGAAUUAUUGUGUAAUGAAAUCCAGAUUGAUAUACGUAUCGAUAAUACAAAUGCAGAUGAUUAUGAUAAUGAUCAAGAUGAUGGUGAAGAAAAUCAAUAUAAAUUAUUCUAUUCAAAAUCGGAAGAACGUAAUAUAAAAUUACAUUAUUCAACAUUGAUACCAAUUGUUCAAAUGAUGGAUCAAUCAUUCACAAAUAAUGUUGAUGACCACAAUGGUCAAUCGAACAAUAAUAAUUUAAUUAAUCAAUUAAAUUCAAUGCAAGAAUCGAUAAAUUUUUUACAAUCAUCAGCAAUUAAUCAUGAUAAUCAACGAAAUGAACCAUUUCAAAUAAAACGUAAUUUAUUUAGUGAUGAUGAAAAUUUCAAUUCAGAUGAUAAUGGCCACGAACGGAUUAUAACACCAGGUGAUCGUGAUCAUUGUCAACAUUAUUUGGCCUAUAAUCGUGAUCGAACCCGUUUCUAUACAUAUAUCCAUGUGCCAUAUGGUGAAAUUUAUUUUGAUAAUAAGAAAAUUUUCGAAUUAAUUUAUAAUCGUUUCGCCAAUGAUCUGAUAUUGUGGCGGCCAUUUUUUCGUAAAAGAAAAUUAUCAUCAUCAUUACCAUCGGCAACAAAUUAUCAACAUCCACCGCCAACAUUAUUAUUGCCUAUGCUUAAUGAAGAAGAAGACGAUGAAUAUGGUGGUCAGCAGCGGCAAAAACAACAACAGCAACAACGAAAACAUUCAAAUUCAUCAGCAAUAUUUUAUAGUUGUAAAAAUAUUCACGACGAUGAUUCUUUGUGUGAUUCAACAAUAAGUGAUAAUUCAUAUCAUUCAAUAAUGGAAACAUCGUCUGAUAUGAAAAAUCAAUUAUCAUCAUCAUCCAUGUCGUGUUCAAAUGAAUUUGUCAUUGAAUUUGAAUUGGACACACUUAUUGCAACGUUUCAAACGAAAUCUUCAUCUUCUAAUUCUUCUGGUUCAACGAAAGGAAAAAAUAACAUUUUUCUUCAAAAUUUUUUACUCGGUAUUGUUGGCAAUGAUGGUGGCGGUGGUUGUGGUGGUGGUCAUUUGGAAAAUGUAAAUCCAAAAACUGUGAUUUGUUUAUGUAGUGAAAAUCUGUCAUAUAAAUAUAAUGAUCGGCCAUUGUUGAUCAAUAAUUCAUUUAUUGAUUUAAAUUCUGAACUGAAUUUGGCUGUCGAAAUACAACGUGAAACUGAUUUGUUGAAAAAGAUAAAAUUAACUGUACAAUUGAAAAAUUCAUUACUACUUGGUCUGGAAUUACCUGUAUUUGAAGAUUUAUGGGAAUUUAUCAACGUCCAUGAUGAUGAUAUACUUGGUUACAUUUGUCCACGUGUCAUAAUUGAAUUACAUGUUGAUCUGAUGAAAAGUGGUAUUGUUUUCGAUACGAUCAAAGAUCGUACUACAUUGAUUCAUUUUCAAGAUAUUUAUCUAACAUCAAUGGUAGUGGAAAACACUGAACAGACAAUAUUGAGAUUUUUUAUUGAAGAAGCAUUAUUAUGUUUUAAACGUAAUCAACAAUAUAAUGAUUAUUUGAAAAAUUUCAUACCCAUUAUUGAUACUGGUAUAAUUGAUAUAAAUUUAAAAAUAUCAAAAAAUGGCCAUAUUGAAUGGAAAGGAUCAAAUAAUGAGAUAAAUCUAAAAGUUUGUUAUGAUUCAUUGGCAGCAUUAUGUCAAUUUUUACAAUCAUUUUCUGGCGCUACAAAUAAUAGUGGUAGUGGUACUGUGGUGGACAAUUCAUCGUCAUUUGUUGAUAAACAAAAUCAAAAUGAUCAGCUGAAUGAAAAACAAUCAUCAUCAUCAACAAAAAGUACAACAAAAAAUGGAAAUUUAUUAAAUAGUAAUGAAUUAUUGGCUGAUGCAUUGUCCGAAUGUACCGUAAAUGAUGAUGAUGAUAAUGAUGAUUAUUCGAAACAAUCAUCAUCAUCCAAACGUAAAGAGAAAAAUUGUUAUUGUCAAGCUAAUUUGGAUGAUAAUAUGACCAAUAACAACAAAAUGGAUGAAUCAAAUUUUCUUAUACUUGGUGAAAAUGAUCUUGGAUCUGGUAUCAAUACAAGUAAAGGACCAAGAAUACGUAUACUGGUCGAUGAACCAAUACCGGUAAUUGAAAAUCAUUUUACAAUAACACAUUUUAGUGGUAUACCUGAAAUGACUGCAACAACUAUAGCUCGUUAUCUAUUGGAUCGUAUGUCAUUAAGGAUUUAUCUUUAUGCUGGAAAAGAUUUUGAUGAUCCAUCAAUCGAUCAAGAUGAUUGUAGUAGUGGUGGUGGUGGUGAUAACAAGAAUAAACGAAUGAAUGAUCGUAAUACGGAUGCAAUAAGUCAAGUGAAUCUAUCGUUGAAAAAUGAAAAUAUGAAAACAUCACAAAGAGUUCGUUUUAAACAAAAUUCUGUAUUAUGGGAAAAUAUUGAUUUAAUUUCAACUACAAGCAGAAUGACAACAAUGUCGAAUCCAGUUGAUACACAUUUUUCAUUCAAAUCAACUGGUGGUAGUAAACGUAAAACUGAUACUUAUGUUGUUCUAGUGUUGAAACGAAUUCGUAUUCUAUUCGAUCAAUUUGAUAAACAAGAAUCAAUGUCAUGGUUGUUUCGUUUUAUGGUACAAGAAUUGGAAAUUAUUGACAAAGUUAGUGUAUCGAAAAUUAAUAAAAUGCUUUAUGAAUAUUAUUCAGAAUCGAUGCCAAGAAGACAAUAUUCAAACAUGUUUUCCAUACGAAUGACUUGUUAUCGAAAUUUUCAAGAUAAAUUUGAAGAAGCUGACCUGACAGUGUCAUUGAAACCAUUACGUGUGAAUGUUGACCAGGAUACAUUGUUGUUUUUAAUGGAUUUUUUCUCAAAAUUCAAUGAUACAUUGACGGCUAAAUUGAAUGCAGCAGCCACCAAUGCUGAUUACAAUGACAAUAUUGAUGAAGAUGAUGAUGAUGAUGAUGAUGAUGAUGAAACAAAAAAUCCACCGACAUCAUUUACAAUCGAUCCAUCACCAUCAUCAUCAUCAUCAGAAACAAACAAAAAUCAUAUGAUGAAUCCACAAGGAGAUUUGCAUUCAAAUUCUUUAUUUAUUAAAUCAUUUACAUUCUUACCAGAUGUACCGAUUCGUCUUGAUUAUCAUGGCAAACAUAUCGAUCUUAAACAGGGAGCUUUACCUGGUAUCGCUUUAGGCCUUGCACAAUUGAACCAAAGUGAAUUAUAUCUAAAAAAAUUAACCAAUAAACAUGGUCUACUUGGUAUCGAUAAAGUAAUACAAUAUGCAAUAGAAGAAUGGGGACGUGAUAUAAAACGGAAUCAAUUGCCAUCGAUUCUAGGUGGUGUUGGCCCGAUGCAUUCAUUUAUUCAACUUUUUCAAGGAAUUCGUGAUCUAUUCUGGAUACCAAUUGAUCAAUAUCGUCGUGAUCAACGGAUUGUACGUGGUAUACAACGUGGUGCAUAUGCAUUUUCUGUGUCCACAGCAAUGGCAACAUUAGAAUUGGCUAAUCGUUUAGUGGUAUUGAUACAGAAUACGGCACAAUUUGCUCAUAAUGUUGUAACACCACCGACACCUGGAAGUGGUCAUCAUAAUCGUCAUCAAUUAAUACCGGCAUCACAACCAAGAGAUUUACGUGAAGGUUUUACAGUUGCAUAUGCCGUAAUACGUGAAGGAUUUCAUGAUACAUUCAGAGGAAUGACAAAUACAAAUUUAGUUGCCGAUGAUACUGUAACAGUAAUCGGUGAAGUUGUAAGACAAAUUCCAUCCACUGUAGUACGUCCAAUUAUUCAUCUAUCACAAGCAACAUCCAGUGUAUUAGUUGGUUUUCGUAAUCAAUUAACACCAGAAGCACGAAAAGAUGAUCAAGAAAAAUGGAAAAAUGUCAAUGAUUGGUGAUGAUCAAUUCAUUUUUUUCUUUUGAGUAAUAUUAUAAUUGUG